GGGGUGCCCAUAUCCAAGAUGGCGCCCCCAGGAGCUGGGAGCGGGUGACCCGCGGCGGGGAAGCGGCCUGAGCUGGCCGUCAGAUUGCGGGGUCCCCGGGGGCCUGUCGCGGGGCGCCCCCGUGACCCUUCGACCAGGCCUUCCCCCCUGGCCGGAGCGAUGGCCGCCGAGAACAGCAAGCAGUUUUGGAAGAGGAGCGCCAAGCUGCCGGGGAGCAUUCAGCCGGUGUAUGGAGCCCAGCACCCUCCCCUGGACCCUCGACUCACCAAAAACUUCAUCAAAGAACGGUCCAAAGUCAACUCAGUCCCUCUAAAGAGCAAGAAGGCCUCCAGUUUUCACGAGUUUGCCCGGAAUACCAGUGACGCUUGGGACAUUGGUGAUGAUGAGGAAGAGGACUUUUCCUCACCUUCUUUCCAAACUCUGAACUCAAAAGUUGCUUUGGCAACUGCAGCCCAGGUCCUGGAAAACCACAGCAAGCUGAGGGUAAAACCCGAACGUUCCCAGUCUACCACAUCAGAUGUCCCCGCCAACUACAAGGUCAUCAAGUCCAGCAGUGAUGCCCAGCUGUCCAGAAACUCCAGUGACACGUGCCUGAGGAAUCCACUCCACAAACAGCAGUCACUCCCUCUCCGGCCCAUCAUCCCCCUUGUCGCCCGCAUCUCGGACCAGAAUGCUUCUGGAGCACCUCCAAUGACAGUCCGGGAGAAAACCCGCCUGGAAAAAUUCCGUCAGCUUCUCUCCAGCCACAACACUGACUUAGAUGAGCUGAGGAAGUGUAGCUGGCCAGGGGUUCCCAGGGAGGUUCGACCAGUAACCUGGAGACUCCUGUCGGGCUAUCUACCAGCAAACACUGAGAGGCGGAAGCUGACCCUGCAGCGGAAGCGGGAGGAGUACUUUGGCUUCAUCCAGCAGUAUUAUGACUCUCGGAAUGAGGAGCAUCACCAGGACACCUACAGACAGAUUCACAUCGACAUUCCAAGGACGAACCCUCUCAUUCCCCUGUUCCAGCAGCCUCUUGUUCAGGAGAUCUUUGAAAGAAUUCUCUUUAUCUGGGCCAUCCGACACCCCGCCAGUGGGUAUGUCCAGGGAAUUAAUGACCUGGUCACUCCGUUCUUUGUCGUCUUCCUCUCAGAAUAUGUGGAAGAGGAUGUGGAAAACUUUGAUGUGACCAACCUGUCUCAGGACGUACUGCGAAGCAUCGAAGCCGACAGCUUUUGGUGCAUGAGCAAGCUGCUGGAUGGGAUCCAGGAUAACUACACGUUUGCACAACCAGGGAUCCAGAAGAAAGUCAAGGCACUAGAAGAGCUCGUCAGCCGCAUUGAUGAACAGGUACACAAUCACUUCAGGAGGUACGAAGUGGAAUACCUGCAGUUUGCCUUUCGGUGGAUGAACAACUUGCUCAUGAGGGAGCUUCCUCUGCGCUGCACCAUCCGCCUGUGGGACACGUACCAGUCUGAGCCAGAAGGAUUCUCCCACUUCCAUCUCUAUGUGUGUGCAGCCUUCUUGAUCAAGUGGAGGAAAGAGAUCUUGGAUGAGGAAGACUUUCAGGGCCUCCUCAUGCUGCUGCAGAACCUGCCUACGAUACACUGGGGCAAUGAGGAGAUCGGACUGCUGCUGGCUGAGGCAUACAGACUCAAGUACAUGUUCGCCGAUGCCCCCAACCACUACCGCCGAUAGGUGCUGUCUUCCCCCGGGGACCCAGGCUGCCCCCAUCUCUGAUGGCAAUUUGAUCACUGUGGCCACUGUGGGAGCCGUGGACCCCGCCCAGGAACCACUCCUGCUGUACAAAGCUCACCCCCGCCGCCCAGGUCUUAACUUUACAACAUCCACCACUCCAUGUCUGGAUGUAUUUUUUGGACCACUGUCAGUAUUCCGUGCCAUGAGGAUGGGCCCAGCCUUGGGAGAGGGCAGAAAAGGAGGUACAGGGUUGUCUUCCCCUUCAAAGGAGGCUGGACAGAAGGGGAGGCUCAGGGUCUGAACUCACUGUUCCUACAUGCACCUGCUGGCUCUGGCCUCCAGGACCAGAUUGUUGUUAUUUUUCUUUUUUUUUUUUUGAACAGGAAAAACCACAACUUUUCUUACAUGCCCAAGGCACGGGGUGGGUAUUGGGCUCUGGCACUGUUGCUUUUUGAGACACAGUUUGAUUUGGUCCCAGGUCAGAGACGCCUUAUGUAUGUUUUCAGAAGACUGAAAGACCCCCCCCCUUUCGUUCCCCACCUUCCCCUCGCCUACCCUAGCUGAGCCAGGAAGGGUGGCCUUGUGAGACCUUGGUUCUCAAGUGGAGAGGACACUAUGCUCACAACCCUGGGGAGAGACCUACACCCAAGGGCUAGGGAUUUACUUUCCUUUCCUCACCAGUUAUCUGUCUAUGUGAGUACGUACGUGUGUGCAUGUGUGUGUAUGCGUGCUCACGUGUGUGUUCUUCUAUGUGCAUACGUGUGUGUAUAGGCCCAUUGGAUUUCGUAUGAAUUUCUGUAUCCAGACUAGCCCAUCAGAACCAGUUGGGAAAGGCCCUAGGGACCAAGCAUCCAAUGUCCCUUAAAGGAUGGGGCAGGGAAGGGAGAAGGGUUUGUUUUGCUUUAUUGUUUUAUUCUGUUUUACCUCUCCAAAUCCUUUUUCCAUGAUGACCCACUCCAAGAUAUUAUGUGUAAAUUGUGUUAUUAUGUAUAUGGGUAAAGAUGUAUAAAUAUGAGUCCUCUUUGUAGCAGAUAUGAUUUUAUAUUUAUAAUGUGCAUUGACAUGUGAAAGCAAUCUAGGUCACUAGCACAGAUGAAGCUGCCUGGUGGGCAGCUUAGGGGUGGGGCCUGGGGCCUGGCAGUCAGCUGGAGGGGUGGGGCCAGCAGCAGGGCCUUCCCGCCAGCAACCACGUUCCUCUCUCCUCCCCUUUCUUCCAGCCCCUCCUUGGGCCUUUUUGGAACCCCCACCCUCCCCUUCCGUCGCCCCCAGCAGCCUUUCCUACAGGUCCUGUGGCCCCAGCCUUUGUGUUUAAGUCAGCCCUGUGUUCAGGGCAGAAGCUGGCUGAUGAGUCAGUGCCAAAAGAAGGGGAUUCCUGUGUGUCCUUGGGGAGGGGGGCUCUCCCCAGAGAGUGGCAUUAGGUGUCCCCUACUAUCACCAUAAUACCCUACACAGCUCCUGAGGUAUGUGGCCCAUACUCAACUCUUGGUGUUUCGUAAUGGAGAGUGGGGAUGAGGGGAAUGGGAGCCAGCCCACACCAUCCUCUUGGGAAGCCAGGCAGCAACUGGCCUCAGGGUGACCCCUUUGAAUGCCCUUGCCAGUGCUGCCUGCAGGUCACACCUUCCCACUGUGUUAGGGAGUUAGGUUUCCUGCUGGAGCUGUUUCUCAGGCAUUCUUCCUCCCCUGCUCCUGCUCCUGCCCUUUGCCCUUUGCCCUUUGCCCUUUGGUGUGCCUCAGUAGUCUCCUUCCAAGGGAGAGGGUGCGUGGCCCUCCCUCACCCAGACUAAUUAAAAAAAGACACUUGUGUUCCCAAGUGGUGGUUUUAUUUUUUUAGUUUUUAUGUUUGUAUGGGGGAUUGUGGAUAAAGUGAAUGAGUUGUAAAUAAAUAGUGCGUUUCCUCCGCCA